GAGGUAUAUUACCAACAUGGAACUAAAUCAGUGGGCUAAACCAUCUCCGUUGCCACCUGAACUACCCCUUUGUUCUUGUCCACAAUGGAACUACCCCCACGUUACUCACAGCACGGACCAAUCAGCCGAUGCGCAGACAGGAAGUGCCCGCACGUCAUCCAUGGGUUAAAAAGCGCAGCGCGAAAAGACUCUCUCUCUUUUUCCAUGGGUUUGCAGCCCGUCAGGAGAGGCCCAUUUCACGUGAAAUAUCAGAAGAAAGCUGACUGGAAGUAGCUUUCGUUUUCCUGCAUCGAAAGUCACGGAUCGCAGUGUUCCAUCGUGCAUAGCAACAGCGCUGACUGGGAGAUAGAAACCCUUUGAAGCUGACCGCGGAGUUUCGUUCUCCCCUUUUCUUGGACCAAUCGGUUAAGAGGACGCUCUUGCCGAUCACCUCCUAAGAUCACCUCCUAAGAUCACCUCCUGAAAUCCCUUCCUUCCAACUCGUGAGCAGAUCAACCCCUCUGCUGCGGCCCGAGCUGACUGAACUUUCCCGAGGGGCGGACCGGUGGCAGAGAAGCGCUGCCCGACAGAAACCAAGCUGCGGUUGCCGUGGAAACGCCAACCUCCCUCGGACGACGCAUCUCACAAUGGAGAUCUUCUGGGUAAUCGGCUUCCUCCUGGGAUCAACCAUGGGCCAACCAUCCAGUGUAAUAGAGACAGGACCUCCAACCGGCACCGCUCUCCAAGACACACCUGGACUACUUAUCACACACUGUAAACUCCAUACACAACGGGUGUUCGUCCGACUCGAUCCAUGGGACGUGUACCGGAAACACAUUAAACUACCGCCUCAGAUAGGAGAAGGACGACAACAAGGCAGUCAGAUCCAUGACACAGUGAACCAUGCCAAACAUACCACAACCCACAUUCUUAAACAACUCGAAAAGUUUAUGGUGACUGAACAGGAUCUCGUCGGAAGUAAACGCCCGAAAAGAUUUUUAGGCGGACUCAUAGCCUCCGUGGCCGCGGUCGGAUCACUGUUUUCCAUAGGUCUCUCAGCGGCAAAUGCUGUUAGUCUGAAAACAAUUCAAAAGCAUGUACAAGAACUGGACUCUGAGAUGCCAGAAAUCCAGCAAAGGCUCCUCAUACAACAGAAACUACUGAACAUCCAGACAAAAACACUUCAAGGCACAGUAGUCACGGUUAACCUACACUCUGCCCUUAUAAACAACACCAUGCAUGCACUGGAAACACUGACAGAAGUGGUAAAGAAUGAUCUAAUGUACACGCAAGUUGUGAGAGAUUUAAUGCAGGAUCUCAUCCAAGAGGUUGGUGAAUCGGUAAACAGCCUAGCUGAAGGAAGAAUCCCUCCUUACUUAGUCCCUGUGGAACUAGUAGAGAAUGUGCUGAAAUCCGCUGUCACUGGUGCUCUGCAAUCACCGCAAACUCACCUGGCUUAUAGCUUAGGUAGUGCAAUACCAAUCUUUGUAGAUCCCGAUAACUUAGAAAUCGGAUUCAUGUUAAAUCUCCCAAUCAUUGAAAGGGCUAAUGUGUAUAGACUAAAAUCAGUACUAAACGUUGGAUUUUGGAGAGAUAAAACCCACGUCCACCUAAAAACUCCGUCCAUGUUGGCUUUCAACGACGCCAACCCCCAGCUUUAUUUGGUCCCUAACCUAGACUUAUGCACCAAAACUAAAGAAAUCCACUGGGUCUGCCCCAGCAACCCAUUCCUUAGAGAUGUAACAGACCGCCUCUGCGGACUUAGAAACGAAUCCCCAGAACAAAACUGCCAAGCUAAGAUGACUCUAAAGGAUGCAGGAGUAGAAACAAUGAUAGAGCGCGCAGGUAAUAAAUGGCUAGUGAGUACACCAGCUACCGAAGCACUGCUGUCCUACGAACUACACGACACAGUCACUAGAAUUCACCUUCCCAAUCAAACAAUGUUGGUUUCAGUUCCUCAAGGCGCCGUGAUCCACAUUGGUGACAUAGUCUUACACCAUCUCAAUGUCGAGCGAUACGACUCAGAAAUUGAAAUUCUAGAUGUCUUCAAAGGAUAUAACUUCAGUAUUGAUGUCGAAAUUGAAAAACAACUCCUGGCAGCAGGCACUCAGCUAGUUAAAUUUAGCCUCACACCAUCUGAACUACUCUCCACCCCACUUUUCCAUUAUCGUCAAGACAAUGCCUGGCCGAAUACCCACACCAUGUCUAUUCCGAUCAUUGUUUUCAUCUUCGGUUGGGUCAUCACUACGAUAAUGACGUAUAAGGCAUACCAAAAGAUAAAGGUGUUACAGCAUAAAGUCGAGCACCUCACCUAUGUGGCCCCCAGAUUCAUAGCGCCAUAACGUCAAAACAUAGAAAAAAAAAAAAAACGGAAAAUGACGGGCUAUGAAUCACAAGUAG